AUGAUUUGUACCGCAUGUGCAUCAUUAAACUACAAUAUAGUAUGUCCAAAACAAAGUUUAAAUACCAGUUCCAAAGUGAUACAAUUGGAGAAUAGAUUCGAUGCAGUAAAUGAUGAUUUAAAAAUCAUAAUUUCUGACCACAAAGUUAUUAUGAGAAAAUUAAAAGAAUAUUAUACAGUUUUUCGGACAAUAGCUCUUAUUCAAAUGUUUAUAGCAUCAAGUUCACACAUAAUUAUUUGGUUUAUUAUAACGAUGAGUUUUGGCGAAAACAACUUAGGUGAUCCUAUAAUCUCGAGUAGGUUGUUUACUAUUCAUCCUUUAUUGAGUUUUCAACUAUUCAUGAUGUGUUAUUUAUUUGGAUCUAUUAAUGAAAAAAAAGAUGCAAUUAUUUUUACAUUAUAUAGUAGUAAUUGGACUGAAAUGGAUAUCAAAUUUAAAAAGUCGAUUUUAUUGGCUAUGGAAAUGAACAAUGCUAAUUGUUUGAAAUUGAAGUUCACAAAUAUCAAAAUUGUUAAUGAGGCAAUGUUUACACAGACGAUGCGCUUUUGCUAUUCCAUAUUUUCCAUGUUGGUAAAUUAUAAUUAU